GUGAGUUUCUCCGCUCCUGUUCAUUGUUGUUAUUUUAUUAUUUACAUGUGAUUUUCAUCUUUGGGGCGGCGCGAUCAAGUGAGUGACAUCACGGCCGGCGAUGCCAACAGAUGGCUGCUCUGAGGAGCCUCACCAUGGUUAUAGGGGCGGCGGUGGCGGCUUUGGGUUCGGUUCUGUUCAUUGCAUGGAGCCGUUACUUCCCAGUCCAGAGGAGAAGGAGGCGGUGCCUGGCGUGCAGCCCAGCCACAGAGCAGGUUAAAUAUCUGGAUAGGCAGAUAUUAGUACUGGGUUUGGAUGGAGCUGGCAAAAGCAGCAUUAUUCAUGCCAUUAGCACCAAUACCACUAGGUCCAGUUCUGCACCAACUCAUGGAUUUAACUCUGCCCAGAUUAUCCACCAAGGACUGCGGAUUGAAUUACUGGAAGUUGGAGGCAGCCAGAAUCUUCGCACAUACUGGAGCCAAUAUCUGAAGAAUGCCAACGUUAUAGUCUUUGUAGUGGACUCAACAGACAACAAGCGCCUCCACCUUGCUAGGCAAGAACUGCACCGGCUUCUUCAUGAAGCGCCAGAUCUUCCCCUUAUGGUUCUGGCAAAUAAGCAGGAUCAGAAUACUGCACUUUGCCUUCCUGAAAUUCACUCAGAACUGUCACUGCACCGGAUUACUGGCGAAAGAGAGGUAACCUUGCUGGGAACUAGUGCUGUAUCAGAUGGAGCUGGCCACAGCACCAGACUACAGACUGUGAAGACAUUGUUAGAGGAAAGACUACAUAGACCGAAAGGGCCAGCACAGAAUGGUGCCAAUCAUCCACAAGCCACCCAGUGCCACACAUCUCUUCAAAAUGAUGGUUAAUAUGUGUGUCACAGACAUCUACAAAUGUUUACAGUGACAGUUACCAUCCUCUUACUGCUCAGGUUUUCGGGCAAUCUAUUCCUGUUGCAGGCGCAGACAAAUACGACUGUGAGAAGAUGGUCUGACAGACUAUAUGCCAAAAGCUGGACACUUGUUAGUGACACAGUUUACACUUAGUGUGUGCUGGCCCACACACUGCUUCAGGGUUCUAAUAAAAAUAAAUCACCGCUGUUCAUAAAUAAGCUAUAAAUGAUGAGGGAAAGAAAAUUUGUAAAAAUUAUAUAUAAUUAUAUAUAAUAAAAUGACUAAGUUGGUGCUAA